AUGCUCAUCAUCUCGUCCCGCAGUGCGCUGCUGUCCGUCUACUACCCCCAGAUCUUCCUCAUCCUCACCAGCGGUAGCUACCUGGCGCUGUCCUCCGUGGUAGCUCUGGGUGCGAACAUCAUUUGCAACAAGAUACCAGGACUGGCCCCCCGCCAGCGAGCCCUCUGCCAGAGUCGCCCAGAUGCCAUCAUCGUCAUCGGUGAAGGCGCCCAGCUGGGCAUCAACGAGUGUCAGUACCAGUUCCGCUAUGGCCGAUGGAACUGCUCGGCCCUGGGCGAGAGGACCGUCUUCGGACAGGAGCUGAGAGUAGGCAGCAGGGAAGCAGCAUUCACUUAUGCCAUCACUGCAGCUGGGGUGGCCCAUGCAGUGACAGCGGCCUGCAGUCAGGGCUUCCUGAGCCAGUGUGGUUGUGACCGAGACAAGCAGGGCUACCACGACCAGGAGGAAGGCUGGAAGUGGGGCGGCUGCUCUGCCGACGUCAAGUACGGAGUGGACUUUUCCCGUCGCUUUGUUGACGCCCGCGAGAUCAAGAAAAACGCCCGCCGGCUGAUGAACCUGCACAACAAUGAGGCAGGGAGAAAGAUCCUAGAAGAGCGGAUGAAGCUGGAGUGUAAGUGUCAUGGCGUGUCCGGCUCCUGCACCACCAAGACCUGCUGGACCACCCUGCCAAAGUUCAGAGAGAUUGGCUACCUGCUGAAGGAACGCUACAGCGAGGCGGUUCAAGUGGAGCCGGUCCGGGCUUCGAGGCUCCGCCAGCCCUCCUUCCUGCGUCUCAAAGAGGCCCGGGGCUACCAGAAGCCCACAGACACAGACUUGGUGUACCUCGAGCGCUCGCCCAACUACUGCGAGGAGGACACGGCUACAGGCAGCACAGGGACACGGGGCCGGCUGUGUAACGGCACUUCCCCCCAUACAGAUGGCUGCAACCUGAUGUGCUGCGGCCGGGGGCACAACACGCACCAAUACACGCGCGUCUGGCAGUGCAACUGCAAGUUCCAGUGGUGCUGCUUUGUCAAAUGCAACACCUGCAGCGAGAGGUCAGAGGUGUUCACCUGCAAGUAG